GGAAGACGACUUGACAAACCGGCAAAUAUGGACAAUGCGUUGUUUAAGAUAGUAAGCGAUUCAUGGAGAAACAAUUCAAAUGAGCGAAAUGACGCGUGUAAAAUAGAAAAAAGUCUUGGUGAGUAUUAUUUGAGUCUGAAUUGA